AUGAAUCUUCCUUUUGAAUAUUCGGCGAAAUAUUUAUUUCUACUUCUUAUCAUUAUCCUAUUAUUUCUCUCCGAGAAUUCCAGUGGUGCUUAUAAAGAAUCGAUCUUCAAAAAGGCUCAAAUACAAAAGAAUCAUCCAAAAUUCAUUCAAGAACUUUCAAAAAAGAUUCUCGGAGAAGAUAAUUGGUUGAUCCAAGAGAAACUGUUGGUUGGGCGGAUGAGUUCAAUCCAUAAUGGAAAUCAAUUGGGAAAUCGAGUAUUUGAGAUAUUGGGAUUGGCAUCAAUUGCAAAAAGAUUAGAAAGAAAACCGGCUUUUCUGCUUCAAAGUGAUCCAUUCAAUGAGCCGGUUAUUCAUCAACUUUGGGCAACUCUCAUGUAUUUCCCGAAUCUUUUGGAUGGAUUUUUCUUAGAAAGCGAGCCAAUGCAUUUAGAUAAUUACCACUAUUUGGAUGAUCUCGGUUGGGAGGAUGUUGUCUAUCGAUUGGGAUUCUCUGAGUCGACAAUUGAUCUCUCACAAUAUCUUUUGCCAAUUACUUUUCGGGAAAAAGAUAACAGAAUUUGUGUCCAUUUGCGAAGGGGUGAUUUCAAAGAGUUCUCUGCAAAAUUUUCGUUUAUUGUAAACGCAUUGGAAUUCAUCACAAAGCGAGAAAAAUUGUCAAAUUAUGGGAUUACAAUUUUCUCGGACGAUUCUGAUUACGUGAAGAAAACGGUGGAAACAGAUGAAUAUUCAAAAUUCAAAGGCAAUACAUGGUUACCAAGAGAUGGACAUCCAAUUCAUCUUGUUUGGUCGUUUAUUUCUCAUCAAUGUACUCAUAUUCUUAUUACAAAUAUUCAGUCAACUUAUGGUUUUCUUGGUGCCUAUUUAGCGGGUAGAAAUGCUUCUAUUUAUUUCAAUCCAGAGCUUCAUUGGAGACAUCCUGUCCCAACACCAAAUUGGUGGAUUCCUGUCUUUUUA